UUUCUUCUUUAACUCUCUUUUUAUUAUAUUAUGUCUGUACCUGUCGCUUUCAAUGAUGUUGGCAAACCUGCCAAGGACAUCUUAACCAAAGAUUAUCCCGUAGGAGGGGUUAAACUUGAAGUAAAGACUACCGCACCCAACGGCGUUACAUUUAAAGUCAACGGCCAACGUGAUAACAAGACUGGUAUUAUUGUUGGUGAUUUGGAAACAAAAUACACUGAUCGAAAGAACGGCCUUGCUUUUACUGAAGCUUGGACCACUUCUAACCAUUUAAAUGGAAAGAUUGAACUUGAGAAUAACCUUGCUAAGGGACUUAAAGUUGAACUUUUAACUUCUCUUCUACCUUCUGUCAAUGAAAAGGCAGCCAAAGUCAAUGCUAUUUACAAGCAACCUAAUAUUCAUACCGUAGCUACGCUUGAUUUUUUCAAGACCCAUUUGAAUGUCAACACUGUUUUUGGACGUGAUGGUUUCCUAGUCGGUGGCGAAGUUGCAUACAGUAUCAAGGAUGCGAAGGUGAGCCGCUAUAAUGCCACUGUUGGUUUUUCUGCUCGUGAUUAUGCUGUUGCUAUCCACGCUUUAAACAAUUUAGACCAAUAUGCUGCCUCUUAUUAUCAUCGAGUUUCUGAAAAUUUGGAAGCUUCAGGUAAAGCUAGUUGGACGAACAAGGGCGUCAAUGCAGUUGCGCUUGAAGUCGGUGCUAAACUUCAUUUGGACCCAACUGCCUUUGUUAAGGGAAAGAUUACCAACCUUGGUGUUGUCGGUGUAUCAUACACCCAAUUGCUUCGUCCUGGUGUCAAGGUCAAUAUUGGCGCUGCUGUUGAUACCAGUCGUCUCAAUGAAAAUGCUCAUAGAUUAGGUCUUGCUUUAACUUUUGAAAAUUAAAAAUAUACACAUGAAUGUGACGCAAGGGUUGUAUUGGAUGGGACAUUCCAAUUUGAGGGGUUUUUUAAAUAAUUAUUGAAGGGGGUUUACUUGAUUCAACUUUUUCCGGUCUUAGUUCGGGGAUAGGACAUAUUUGAUUGACCAAGUACGGCUUGUUUAUUAUUUAAAACGGAUAUCUAUUUGCUAUCAAAAAAUCGUUUACUUAUGAACAAAUUAAUAUUGCUGGAC